AUGACCAUACGAGCAUGUCCUCUGUCUUCCCCACCGUGCUUACGGCUCUUUACCCCAAGCCAACUCGAUCAACAUCAUUUUACUAUGAUUAAUGUUCUUUUAAAAUUCACUCAGAAGUCCUCGAUUCGAAUUUUGCAGGUUAUUUUAUCAAUAGCAGAACAUCACAGUGCUAUUGUUCCUUGGCAGUUUGUAGCUCAAAAGACUGGUGCAAUUUUGAAAUUUGUAAGUUUAACCGACGGUGAGGUUCCUGAUGUAGGAAAGCUGAGGGAAAUGCUCUCAAAGAAGACAAAACUUCUUGUUGUUCAUCAUGUCUCAAAUGUUCUUGCUUCUGUUCUUCCAAUCAAUCAAAUUGUGAGUUGGGCUCAUGAUGUUGGAGCCAAGGUCCUUGUAGAUGCUUGUCAAAGUGUUCCACACAUGGUGGUAGACGUUAAGAACCUUGAUGCUGACUUUCUGGUUGCUUCUUCUCAUAAGAUGUGUGGGCCUACAGGCAUCGGAUUCUUAUAUGGUAAAAGUGAUCUCUUGUCUGCGAUGCCUCCUUUCUUAGGUGGUGGUGAAAUGAUAGCUGACGUAUUUUUAGAUCAUUCUACGUUUGCCGAACCUCCAUCAAGAUUUGAGGCUGGAACACCUGCUAUUGGGGAAGCAAUUGGUUUGGGAGCGGCAAUUGAUUAUUUAUCAGGCAUUGGAAUGCAAAACAUUCAUGAUUAUGAGGUAGAGCUGGCUAACUAUCUUUAUGACAGUCUACAAUCAAUACCCAACGUUCGUGUCUAUGGCCCAGCACCGUCAAAAGCUAUCGUUAGAGCAGCACUUUGUUCUUUCAAUGUGGAAGAUGUUCACCCUACAGAUCUUGCAACCUUUCUUGAUCAACAGCAUAGUAUAGCUAUUAGAUCCGGCCAUCAUUGUGCUCAGCCUCUCCACCGUUAUCUGGGAAUCAAUGCAAGUGCACGGGCAAGCCUUCACUUCUACAAUACGAAAGAGGAUGUUGAUGACUUCAUCGAGAUCGUUGCCAACGAAGACGCUCUCGGGCACGAGAAGCUGCUGCAUGCAGCUCUGCACAAUUCGGCAGUGGAUUUCAAGGCAGAGGUGGUGGAUUUCGAGGCGAACGUGAAGGCGGAGGUGGUGGAUUUCGAGGCGGAGGCGAUGGAUCUGAUGGAAUUGCUAAUUUUCAAACUUAUCAUCGAGCCACUCGAUUUCCGUCUGAGUCUGCCAUCAACCAUGGUGAACGUUCCGAAGACAAAGAAGACCUACUGCAAAUCCAAGGAGUGCAGAAAGCACACCUUGCAUAAGGUUACGCAGUACAAGAAGGGCAAGGACAGUUUAGCUGCUCAAGGGAAACGGCGAUAUGAUCGCAAGCAGUCGGGCUAUGGUGGACAGACCAAGCCUGUCUUCCACAAGAAGGCAAAAACAACAAAGAAGAUUGUGCUGAGGUUGCAAUGCCAGGGCUGCAAGCAUGUAUCCCAACACCCAAUUAAGAGGUGCAAGCAUUUUGAGAUUGGUGGAGACAAGAAAGGAAAGGGAACCUCACUUUUCUAG